AUGGCAGCAUCUGAUCAAACACUUGUUUGUGUAAAACAAGUGAAGCAAAACAUAACGGAUGAAUGGGAUGAGAGCAUGCCAUUACCAGGAGACAUCAUUGAAGGAUUCUCAACAGAAAAUAUCGAUGUUGCCGAUGAAUCCUUUUUGCCUCCAAAGACUAGUUCAGAGUUCAGUUCACAGCUUGGUAAGAUCAACAAUUGCGUCGAGUUCAUAUGGAUUAAGGUUAGAAGAGGUGAUAGUUUGCUGAAACUUCAGACCUGUAUUGUUCAACAGAAAGUUUCUGUUCUUAGAAGGAAGUACACUAUACAAGCCAUAACAGAUCGUAGACAUAUCGCAGAUUUAGCCGAUCUAACAUUAAAUCAGUGCAUUGAACUGCAAGAAAUGACAAGGCGAUUAGUGAAUAUGAAGGAAAAAGGAUUCCGCAGAGACGCGGUGAAAUAUGAUUGGAAGAUGAAAGUAAAAACCUAUCUGCCUCAUCAAAACUCCUCAGUUGUAAGUUCCAUUCUAUUCAUGCCACUCGUCAGUGAGCACUGCAUCGAUACCGUUACGGCUAGGUGCAUGGCCUGGUUUAGUGCAGCAAUUUCCUCAGGGGUUCCUCUUGUUUUUGUCAAUAUCCAAACCGAACUGAUACCACCUAAGGAAAAUACCAUUUCUAACCAACAAAUCCAUUAUACUACUCAACUAAUUCAUGGUAUAAGGUUAUGGUUUCUUCCUGGACUAAACGAAAUUGCGAUAGAAUUGAUCCCUCAACGAAACGAAGCACGCUUUGGAAUGGAAAUCAAACGAACGGAAGAGGGCUUUGUCUGCAUCUAUUCGGUGACGAAGGACACGUCUGCAGAUCGCGGUGGGUUAAGAGAGCUCCAUGAAGAAGCAACUGCAAAUGGUUUUCUUCUCGUAAUCUCUCGGUUAGAUGGCGAGAGCACAAUACCUACGAGUGUUUGUUCUGAUGGUCUUGUAAAUUGUUGCGACCAUGCUGAAAUUAAGGACCUUCUCUUUUCUGCAAUAGAUCAAUAUGCGACGAUUCAACUUCAUGUCAUGGCUUGGCCAAACCAAACUCGUCCUUCUCCAAAUCAUUCGGUUGGAUUUACUGCUCUCUUACCACCGGAAAGAUCGUUCACUACUCAUCCCUAUGAUUAA